CGGAGCAGGAAGGACAUGUGAGAUAGUCACGGCUCCACGGCCAACGAGGCAGGACCCUCCGCUCCAGGCGUCUCGGCUGCGCGUCCGCGUGGAACGAGUGCCGUGCGCGGCGCGUCCCCGAUAAAACUGUGAUUUUGUUCUUCGCAGCGCGACUUCUGGAGGAGAGCACGGACUGCGAGCGCGUCCACGCCACGGGAUCCCUCCCUCCCUCCCCACAGCGAGCGAUCCCUUCCUCUCGCACCCGGACUGUUGGUUGGACUGCGUGUGAGACGCGGCGGCUCCUCUCCGAAGAGGCUCCCUCGCCACCGUUCCCCGCCGUGCGCCGCGCUCUCGGACUGUUUUCCUUCCUCCGCAGGCUUCUCCUUCCACCCUCGGCACCACCCUAGUGAUCUGGAGACGUGGUGGUGUUUUCUGCUUUCCGUGGAGCAACACGAGUGCUUAUGAUCAUUUCACCCCGAUUUUUGGAUGCACCGAUGAGAGAUCCAGUUUUCCCAGGGACAGGCAUGGCUUAUCACCCCUUCCACGCUCACCGGCCGGCCGACUUCCCCAUGUCCGCCUUCCUAGCGGCCGCCCAGCCCUCCUUCUUCCCGGCUCUGACGCUCCCUCCCGGGGCUCUGACCAAACCCAUCCCGGACCACGCGAUGGCCGGGGCCGCGGAAGCGGGACUCCACCCGGCCCUGAGUCACCACCAUCAGGCGGCUCAUCUGCGCACCCUGAAGAGCCUGGAGCCCGAGGAGGAGGUGGAGGACGACCCCAAAGUCACUCUGGAGGCUAAGGAUUUGUGGGACCAGUUUCACAAACUAGGAACAGAAAUGGUCAUCACCAAGUCUGGAAGGAGAAUGUUUCCUCCGUUCAAGGUGCGAAUCAACGGGCUCGAUAAGAAGGCCAAGUACAUCCUGCUCAUGGACAUCGUGGCCGCGGACGACUGCAGGUACAAGUUCCACAACUCGCGCUGGAUGGUGGCGGGGAAGGCCGAUCCCGAGAUGCCCAAGAGGAUGUACAUCCACCCGGACAGUCCGGCCACGGGCGAGCAGUGGAUGGCCAAACCCGUGGCCUUCCACAAGCUCAAACUGACCAACAACAUCUCGGACAAGCAUGGAUUUACCAUUCUGAAUUCUAUGCACAAGUACCAGCCCAGGUUCCACAUCGUGAGGGCCAACGACAUCCUGAAGCUGCCCUACAGCACCUUCAGGACCUAUGUGUUCCCCGAGACGGACUUCAUCGCAGUCACUGCCUACCAGAACGACAAGAUCACACAGCUGAAAAUUGAUAAUAAUCCGUUCGCCAAAGGGUUCAGAGACACAGGCAAUGGAAGACGGGAAAAGAGGAAGCAGCUGACCCUCCCCUCGCUGCGCAUGUACGAGGACCAAUGCAAGGUGGACAGGGAUGGGGGGGACUCGGACGCUUCCUCCAGCGAACCUGCACCAGGGAGAGAAGCAGCGCACUCGCCCCUCGGACCCGUGUCCAGUCCGCUGAGGUUCGGCCGACCCAGUCGAGAAGAGAAGACCCUCACCGACAGCGAGCAGGAGCUCGACCACCAGGAGGAGCGAUGCGCUGGAGGCAGCAGUCCAGGCCAGGACCCCCAGUCGCCGACCCCCUUCAGCCCCAGGGGUGAAGAAAGGGUGAAGGAGCGGCCCAGUCCGGAGAAGAAGGACGACUACCCCGAGUCGAGGAAACAGAGCGAUUCCGUGUUCAGCAUCAGAAACCUGGAGAAGGACAAGUCGGAGAACAGGCACCGGAAGGAUGCCGAGUCCUCCAAGAAGGAGGCGGACUGUGGCCCCCUGGCCGGGGCCAAAGACGGCUUCUCGCCCCUCAUGGUGCAAACGGAGAGCCCUUCGCACUUCAGCGCGGGGCACCUGCAGAGCCUGGCCCUGUCGGGUCUGCACAGUCAGCAGUUCUUCAACCCUCUCAGCACCGGGCAGCCCCUCUUCAUCCAUCCCGGACAGUUCGCCAUGGCCCCCGGCGCCUUCUCCGCCAUGGGCAUGAGCCACCUGCUGGCUUCCGUGUCCGGAGCAGGGGGUCUGGAGAACGGCAGCCUGGCGGGACAGGGCUCGGCCAGCACCCCCACCCCAUUCCCCUUCCACCUCUCUCAGCACAUGCUGGCCUCUCAGGGGAUCCCGAUGCCCACCUUCGGGGGUCUCUUCCCCUACCCGUACACCUACAUGGCCGCGGCCGCCGCGGCCGCCUCAGCCCUUCCCACCAGCACCGCGGCCACGUCGCUCUCCAGGAACCCGUUCCUGAGCAGCUCGCGACCCAGGCUGCGCUUCAGCCCCUACCAGAUCCCCGUGUCCAUCCCUCAAAGCACAAACCUGCUCACCACCGGAUUGCCGGGCGGCAGCCUGAACCCGGGCUCCGAGUCCUCGAAGCCGGGCAGCAGGGAGACGAGCCCGGGACCCGAGCACCACAACCACAAGGCGGGCUCGAGCCAGAGGAGCGGGUCUCCCAAGGGCUCUCUGAAGGAAUCCAUGAACGAACUGCAGAACAUCCAGAGGCUCGUGAGCGGCCUGGAGAGCCAGAGGGAGAGCUCGCCUUGCCGAGACUCCCCGAAGUGAGCGACUCUCACCCUGGCUGGAAGCGUGUUCCUCAUCCUCUCCAUGACAUGGCUUGAAACACACACAGGUGGUUAUCGAUUAAUUUUGUACAGCACACUGCAGCAGAGUAAGACACUUCGGCCCGCAUGAGUGGAGUAAACGAAGUAAACGAAGUAAACGGAGUAAACGGAGUACCCGACACAGGAACUGGCUCUGGGGUGCGCUUCUGAGAAGGUCAAAAAAACAAAAAAAAAGGAAAAAAAAAAAAAAAACAGAGAAUCGCAAUAUUCUUGGAAUGGACAACCAAAAAGGACACGCGGCUCGCGCUAACCCUUGGCCGCUUUUAAGUGGCUAAAACUUGAAAGAGACACGAGACAUUUGAAGGAAAAACUCAAAGCGGAAGAACAGCCUUGAUGAACACUGCAUUUGCGGAGCAGAGACACUGUCCGGGGGGUCCGGGGCGGGGGUUCAGAGUAGAGGAAAUGACACCAACGUCAGUGUAUUAAAAUAAUAAUAAUAAUAAUAAUAAUAAUAAUAAUAUUAAUAAUUAAAAAGCAUUCUUCAGGGUAAUAUGUACGUUUGUCUACAGUAAUGCAGUGCGUGAAUGAAUCUGUAUGUUACCUUGUUCCCCUGCGGUAGUGUAGAAGAGGGUGUCCAUUAGAGUAAAACGUACACAAGCUGCAGCCAAAAAGUCGAUAAGUACAUUUCAAAAGGGAUGGAAAAUCUAAAUGUUCCGUCAGGAGAACUGAUUUCAGUAAUAAUGCUAGAAAAAUCACAUGUAAUAACUGCUGACGGACAGGUGUUAUCGCAACUAUUUAUGUAAUUAGAGAAAAAAGUAAUUCUGUAAAUAAGCUAUACGGAUCCCAGAAUAAGCAAAUUUGGUAUUAAUUUAUUCAAAGCUGUACAUUGGCGUGUAUAUAAUAUCUAGAGUUUAACUCAUUCCUUUUUUCUUUUUCCCAUUUUACAUAUAUUGUAAAUGAGAAGUUAUUUAGCGAUUUUUUUUUUUGUUUGAAACAGGAGAUGUUUUCUGUAUCUGUGAUGAUGCGGC